GUAGUAGUGAACACUGUCUGAUGGUUUGAAUUUAAAUACCGAUUAAAAAAUGUGCAAAAAACAAAACAAACCUCAAGUGCGUGUGUUUGUAUGCUAAACAUAUUUGUAAUCAUUCUAAGAGAAGCAAAGAAGUUAAAAAAAAAGGAAAUAAGAACUUCUUGUGCGCCAAAUGCAAAACCAACAAAACCCCUCGAACCAUAACCAUGUUGUGCAAAAUGAAGUGAAACACAUAUAUAAAAUAACUAAAUAAGCGCAGCAAUUGUGCCAACUCACAACGAAAUAUCGUUUGAUAAAUUAAACUUAACUUUGCGUUGUGAAGAAUCAGAAGAAGUAGAACACGUCGAAACGAGGGGGGAAGAGAUAGCUAGCUAAAAACAAACAACGACGCACAACGACGACGGACGAGAGAGUGAUAUUAACUAAGAGCAAGAAGAAAGGGGAGCAUCAUCAUUGGAACGACAGAAAACAUUAUCCCCUCUGCCGCCCGACCCGACCGUGUUGAUGAGAACGCAGUAAUCACACACACAACAAAAAAAGAAACAAAAAAAAAGAAAACAGAAGAAACAGGAAUACAGAGAAUACCCACAGUUAUGUUUGUAAUGGCCAAUGACAAUGUAAUGUGGCAAAGUGUUGAAUAUUGUCUAUGCAAUUCAAGUGCGUACCGCCUACAUUUACCAGGAGCAGCCAGUGUCCGCAGUCCGCAGCAGCAGCAGGCAGGUGACAAAGCGAGCAUCUCUGGUUAUGCAUUAGGCCCCCAAUUGUUUGGGGGCACGAACCAGCAGCACAAGCAGCAGCACCACCACAAGCAGCAACAGCGGCAGCACAAUAAUGAUCAUAUUGCAAUGGGUGUAGUAGUUAUGUGAAAUGUCAAAUCUGUUGAAUCCAAAAUUGAGCAACGCACCAGCAGCAGCAGCAGCAGCACCACCUCCACCCAAAUAAACGCAGCAGAAUUAACUUGAAAGCGAAAUCAGUGCAGCAGCAGCGCGCAUCCCUCUCUCUUUAAGCUAGUUACUUUUUCAAAAAUAAAAACAUUUUCCAAAUAUCUAGUUAAAAACAUUUGCAAAAAAAAAAAAAACAAAACAAAAACAAAAUACCGACAAGAAAAGCAAUCACCACCCCCAUGUCCAUGUCCACGCACGACACUGUCUUCGUGGAGCCCCCCUCUGUGAGCAGCAGCAGCACCAGCGGCGGCAGCAGCAACAGCAGCGGGGGCAACGGCAGGGCAGGCGGCGGCGGUGGCGUUGGCCCACAACCGCCGCCACCGCCUCCGCCACACAUUGUUAUCGAUGGCAGCAGUCUGACCACCCAGGCGCAAUUGCAACGGAUUAUGCAAAGGCGUAUGUCCAUUAGCACGCGACAAAUACUUAGCGCCAGUCAGUCAUCAUCGGGUCAACAGUCGUCGCAGCCAUCGUCGGCCAGCCAAAAAUAUGCCGUGCGUACAACAACAAGCACGGCUGGGGGCAACCAUCAUCAGCAGCAGCAGCAGCAACAGGGACAGCAGCAGUCGUCGUCGUCGUCGACGCAGGAGUUAAUCAAUCCGCAAAUCUAUAAGAUUGUGACCACUGAUGGCAGUACAAGUAAUGUCAUUAUUGAUGCCUCGGCAGCUGCUCCGCCCCAUAACUCUAAAUUGCUGUUGAGUAAUCUCACAGUGCUGUCAAAGCAGUCACCAUCUUCAUCAGCUGCCAGCACACAACAACAACAGCAGCAGCAGCAGCAGCAGCAAAUGAACUAUCUCAGCGCCAAAAAUUUGCCCUAUGUAACUGCAACGCCCUCAAAACAGCAGCAAAAAUUUGGCAGUAUUAGUGCAUACAAAACGCAACAGCAACAACAACAACAACAACAGCAGCAGCCAGCCACCGUGCAAAAGGUUACCCUAGGAUCACGUGUAGCAACAAGGCUUCAAUCGUAUGUGCCAGCCGUCACAUCACAGCCGCCGCCACCUCAGAUAAUUGUGCAGUCGGCGCAACCAAAAUAUGUCAAUGCGCCAGUUUUGAAAAAGUCCAAUCAGAAAAUAACCGUCAAAAGUGUUGGGCUCCAACUCCAACAACAGCAGCAGCAGCAUCAUCAACAACAACAGCAACAGUUGCAGGCGCAGCAGUUAAAGACUUUUAUAUCCCAACAGCAGCAGCAACAGCAACAACAACAGCAACAGCAGCAACAGGCGUCGUAUAAACCGAUAACGAAAACAAAGUUUAUCAAGCAGACGACGGCUCCAGCAUUGUCCAUUGCGGCGCUGCCACACCAACAGCAGGGAAAUUUUGCCACUAAAGUUACCAAGCUGGGUAACAAAUAUGUGCAACAACAACAGAUUAAUUUGCCCCAAGGCACACAACUCCAGCACAAAACACAACUACAACAAAACACUGCGGCAGGAGGAGGAGGAGGAGUAACCACCAAUUCCACUAGUGUCGGCGGCGGUGGCUAUGUGCUGCAGCAGUCGGGGACGGCCACUCCAACGCCUGGAACGAUUAAAUUUGUGAAUUCGCACGGCACUGUUAUCCAGCAGCAUCCCCAGGCACAGCAGCAGCAGGUAUCUUCUCAUACUCAUCCACCAGGGCUAUCGAAACGCACCCAUUACAACAGCAGCGGGAGCAGUGACAAUGAACAACAGCAACACUCCUCAUCAUCGCUCAUCACCGACGAUGUCAUGAAUGUCCAUGGCACCCAGAUGACCGACGAAAUCUCGGCCCGUAUUCUCCAAAGUAUGGCCCAAAAAUCGUUUAGCCAGCAGCAGCAACGAUACCAACAGACGACGACAACCAACAAUAGCAACAGUAGCAUGCCGCCGCCCACACAGAUUAUUUACAACAGCGGUGGUGGCGGCGGCGGCAAUGGAGGAACAUCGGGUCCUGGAGCAGCAGCAACUGGCUCAGCCGGAGGCAGCGGAUCACCAGCUAAUCUCUUGUUAACGCAUUAUCAAUCUGCUGUCGCCGGCAACUCAAAAGUGGCAUCUCCAUCAUAUUUAACUGCAGUAAGUGCUGCUCCAUCGUCUCCACUUACCUCCAGCUCCUCCUCGGUUACAGUGGCGAGUACACCAUCGGUGAGCAUUUCGUCGCAUGGCUUUGCCAGCGGCACUGCAGCCAUGUCAUCCUAUAUGUCCUCGGCGACGGCAGCGCGCCGUCUGUCGGUGAGUGCGCCAAGCAGUCGAGCUUCAUCGCUGGAACGAAAACAGCAGCAACAGCAUGAUCUAAUGGCUGCCGCUGCCGCCGCGGCUGCUGCAAAUGCACGGAAAAUGUCGUCCACAGUUAUUGAAUAUUACAGCAAGCACGGCAUGAACAAUAUAAGCAGUAACUUGAAUAAUAAUAGCAGUAAUAACGUUUCGGCUUCGCCACUUGGUAAUAAUAAUCUGGGCAAUUUUGGUGCUCUACGCGGCAGCAAUAGUCUGGCAAAUUUGCAGCAUACAUCAUCAUCGACGCCGCCACCGCCACCACCACAUUUGACGCCAAUUAAUAUUCUGCCACAUGUGGAUGUCCAGCAGCAGCAGCAGCAAGGAAUAAUGAAGGUUAGCAAACAGCAACAACAGCAGCAGCCACCGCCGCCAUUAGUACAGCAGCAGCAAGCAUUACCACAACAACAACAACAACAGCAGCAGCUAAAUACCCACGAUGAGGAGUUGUAUAUUGAGGAAGUGCGUCCAGUGCCUGUACUUACACAGGAUUUGCGUUUACAGCAAUUGCAUGCUGUUAUGCAGGAUCAUACAUAUGCCUCUCAGCAGCAACAGCAGCAGCAGCAACAACAACAGCAGCAACAACAAACGACCUCAACUGUUGUGGCAACAACGACAACUGGAGCGGGACUCGCACAGCAGCAACAGCAAUGGUCAUUAGGCGGCAUUGGAGUAACAGUGGCAGCAGGUAGUGCACCUUCAUCAUCAUCAGCAGCAGCAGCAGUAGCAGCAACAACAGCUGGUUAUAGUGGCUAUUAUGGCCAACAAGUGUCUCGAGCUGCGGCCGAUGAUGAUAGCCAUUCGGCAAUUAGCAGCAGUUCGCGCUUAGGAUUGAUGAACAAUGAUAUAGAUCCUGGAGAGGAGACAGAAACGGCACCAGAGGCCGAAGCAGAAGAUGAUUCUGUGACGCGUUGUAUUUGUGAAUUGACCCACGAUGAUGGUUAUAUGAUUUGUUGCGACAAGUGCUCAGCCUGGCAGCAUGUUGAUUGCAUGUGUAUCGACUGGCAAAAUAUUCCCGAUGAAUAUCUGUGUGAAAUAUGCCAACCACGACCCGUUGACAAGGCCAGAGCCCGGACAUUGCAGCGUCAGAAGCGUAAGGAGCAUAUGAUGCUUGUGGCUACGCAGGCGGCAAAUGGAGCAGCUGCCAUUGCAACAGGCUCAGCCUUAGUUGCUGGUGAUUCAUUAAGCGGCGGAGCCAUGGGUCUCGUCGGUGGAACUCUAUCGGAGGAAGCCCAACAACGCUUAGCCUCUGGUGUGAAUGGUGGCUACAGUGCAAGCUCCAGCAGCAGUAUGUCCAAAAAAUCAAAGAAAACCAAAGAUUCUACGGGAGCAGGGACGAUGAAGAAAAGCAAAAAGAGCGGUGGUACCAGUGGGGGAGACAAGUCCGGCAAUGCAACGCCCGGUAGCAGCAAAUCUGGUAAGAAGAGCAGUAAACGAAAGAGUAAAUCCAAUGGUGAUAAUGGAGGUGGCAGUAGUCCAGCCCUAACUGCGGCCGAGAAGCAUGCCGCCAACUUGCGUCAAUGGAUCGAGCACUAUGAAUAUGCAGUGACCAAUCACUAUUCGCCAGAGUUGCGGGCUCGCCUCCAUGCCAUACAGAAACAACCGAGCCUCUUGCAGAGCAUUCAGAAUACAGAGAAUAAGGCUUUGCGGCAAAUUCAGAUAGCGAGUGCUGCCACCGAAUUGGAGCAACGUGCUCAGCUUAUACCGUAUGCGGGGGCUAAGGUGUUAAUUAGCAGCGUGGAUCUCGCACCACAUGCUCCGAUCCAUGAGCUAAGGGGCAAGUAUAUGCUCACCACUCAGUUCAAAACACAAAAUCCCACCGUGAACAUGAAUUCGCCACCGCCCAGCAAUUACCUAAACAGUUUUAAGGCCCACAAAACUCCGGGACAAUUUGUCUUUUUUUAUCAGCUGCCGGGAGUGGAGGCUCCCAUGCAAACAUUACGUCCAGAUGGCAGUGCCCCGACAGUGACGCCCCAGCCGCCAGCCUAUCUCAAGGGUCCAGAGGUGUGUGUGGACACACGAACCUAUGGCAACGAUGCAAGAUUUGUGCGUAGAUCCUGCCGGCCCAAUGCGGAACUCCAGCAUUAUUUCGAGAAGGGAACGUUGCAUCUGUAUAUUGUGGCCCUGACCUACAUACGAGCGCAGACGGAGAUAACAGUGCGGCAUGAACCUCAUGACUUGGCCGCUGUGGAACAAAAGAAGUCACACGCAGCUGUCAUCCAGCCAACAAGCACGCGAUGCGCCUGCGAUUUGGGCAGCGAUUGUCUCUUUGCCCUUCCCAUUGCAGUGCAGCAACAGCUGCAGGCUCCCUCCACACAGCCGCGAAGUAGCCAUCGAAAUAAGGCGGCGGCAUCUACGGCCUCGGCGGCAAAUAGUGCAGCUGCCAUUCAGUUAACCAUGGGACUGGGGGCAGUUGGCGGAAUAACAGCGGCAGCCUCGUCGGGAGCAGCUGCUCCACCCAAUGCCAGGAAUCGUUCUACCUCCUCAAGCGGCGAAAGCACCCAAAUGGGUCUCAAUAGUCCGCAAUUAAAUCAGCUAAAUAUUGGAUUCAAACCAUCACCAGUUGCCUCAUUAUCGGCGCCAAGCGCCGCAGUGCUUUGCAGCAAUAGUAGCAGCAAUAAUUCUUGUUCCGUAUCAAUGUCCAGUGUGCUGCAUGAUUCGGGUAUAUGUACGUCCUCGUCAUCGCCCUCGGUAUCGAUACCAUCGCCGACGCCCACUCAAUUGCAAUCGCCUACACAACAACAGGCGAUAUUACCGCCAACAACAGGCCAGCAACAGCAGCAACAACAAUUAUCACUGCUACAACGAAGUCCUACACAACAACAACAACAGAUAUUGGCAGCUUUACCCACACCAAUGCUUUUGUCACCCCAACUGCAGGCAGUGCCGCCGACGCCAACGCCGCCGCCCAAGAGCGAGCAGCAGCAGCACCACCACCAUCAGCAACCACUUUUAUUGGCUUCACCUCAACAGCAAACGUCAGCAGCACCAUCAUCAUCAUUGUUGCAGCCACAAAUGCAGGAGCCAUUGACAGUGAUUGCGACGGCAGCGGCCACGACGACAUCGUCACAAGGUAAGCAGCAGCAGCGUACCGCAGCUACUACAUUCUAUGUGCAACAGCAAACGCAGCAGCAUCAACAACAACAACAACAUCAGUUGCAACAACAACAUGUUGCUAGUCAUCAGCAAUCCCUUGUCGCCACACAACAACAGCAACAACACCAAAAGCAGCAAGUACUACAUCAACAGCAGCAUCUAGCCGACGAGGCGCGAAUUGCAGUUAGUGCAUUGCAAACAUUGCAUGCCACGCCCACAACGCAUUUGACGUCACCUGUUGCUGCUGCAGCAGCAUCACCAAAACAACAGCAGCAGCGCCACCUCCGCAGUUGAUAUAUUCAAAUAGUGGGAUUCCAGUUGCCCAAGUGGCAACAUCAGCAGCAGCAGCAGCAACAACAACAACAACAUCCAAUACACCUAUCAAGAAUAGUAGCAAAUAGUGGACAUCAUCCUGCGACCAUUAACAACAACAACAAUAAUAAUACGAACAAUAACAAUAACAACAACAGUAAUAAUAAUAACAACAAUGCAACUUUGGCUAGCCAUAAGAAGACGCCAAUUAAACAUCAACAACAACAGCAGCGGCGACAGCAGUCAGCGGCGGUCCCAGCAGCAGCAGCCACAACAACAACAACCACUCCAACUUCAGCCGAUAUUAAUAAAAAUGAAGACGCCAGCGGCGGUGGUGCAGCAGCAACAGCAACACCAACACCAACUGCAACUACAUCGACACGCAGCUCCGCCAAGGAUAAGCCAAAGCAAUCACGUGAGGAUCGUAAGCUAGAGGCCAUUAUACGUGCCUUUGAGAAAAUGGAAAAGCAAGAGGCACGCGGAAAGAAAGAUAAUCGUCAAGGUGGCGGCGGGAGUAGUAAACGUCAGGCAAGCAAUUCCCCAGCAUCGCCCAACAAGCGUGGCAGUUCCAAUUCGAUUAGCGAGGAUGCCGAAACUCCAACGAGCACCACAACAUCGGCUGCCCAGCGACGUAACAAGAAGAAGCGUAAGGUGAGCCGUAGCUAUAAUAAUACCAACACUUCAGUGGGCGGAAUGAAUAAUAAGCGGCGGAAGAGUAUGUUUGUGGAAUCCGAUGGAGAAUCUCAUGCACUUACCAACUCGGAAUCAGAGGAUCAAAUCAAUCAUCAUUCUCAUCACCAGACAGUGGAUCAAGCGGCUGGUUUGCUUAUGGCCUUGGCUCACAAUUCCUCUAAUACAUCUGCCAACAACGACUCCUUUAAAUCUCCCACAACACCGCAGACAAACGCUUUGUCCGGAGCUCCGCAAUCUUCGGUUAGCAGCGCAUGUCGUCUAAUUGAAGCUGCGAUGGGUCCAUUGGAGCAGAAACAACAACCAGCACAUGUUUUGUCAUCGGCCUCGCUGUCAUCGUCUCCCGCUACACCGGGUAGUGAAUUCAAAUAUCCGCCUAGUGGCCAAGCCAAAACCAAAAAGACCCUAAUGUCCAGUUGGUUUCAACAGGCGGAACAAUCUGAAGGACAACCAUCUGGUUUGGAUAGCCUUGUGCAAGCUGCAAUGAGCGAAAUAAAUGGAGAGCGUGAACAAUUGCAGCAACAACAGCAAUUGCAGCAGCAGCAACACCACCAACAACAACAGCAGCAGCAGCCACCACCGGCUUUAUUAAAGGUUGAGCAGUUUAUCCAUCAAGAGGAAGCCACAACAACGAUGGCAACGUCCUCUUCAGCAGCAGCGACAGCAACAAUUCCGACUCCGCGAGAGCAAUUGCAUUUGCCAUUGCAAAACAAUUCGUCCGUAAAGAAACGUUGGUUACGCCAGGCCAUUAGCGAGGAAACCACACCCGACGAAGGAGGCGCGAAUCAAUUGCAACAGCAACACAACCAACAGCAGCAACAGCAGCAGCUAUUGCAACAGCAACAACAACAACAACAACAACAACUGUUAUCCAGUUUGCCCACACCGACAGCAGUGCCCAGCAUUUCGCCACUCUCGAAUGGCUUUAGCACGCCAUUGAAAAAGCGUCGACUGGUGGUAAUCACCAAUGGUGGCAAUUUGGAGGCUGCCGAUGAACCGCAAAUCGAUGUUAUUGGCGAGAUUAAAGAGGAGGAGGGAACAGAACUGGGAGCUCUGAAGAUUGAAACCGACAUGGAUGCUGUGCACCACCAUCACAAUCAGGAACAGGACGAUGAUGUGGAUAUAUUGCGUUCACCCAGUCCUGGAGCUCAGCAAAUUGUUGCCGAGGAUAAUUUAGUGAAAAUUGAGCCAGAGGAUACUAGUGCGGCAGCUGAUGAUGUCAAGAUCGAUGUGGAGCGUGAAGAGAGUCAGGCAUGUGAUAAGUUCGAAGAGAUGCUGCAGGUUAAGAGAGAAGCCAUUGAGAUGAAGGAAAAGCCCAAGAUAAAGGAAGAGCAGCAGCAGCAGCAGCGGGCUAAAGAUGAGGAACAGCAGAAGCCGGUGCCACCGGUGAAGCAUCUAGCACCAAAAGUGGAAGAUGUCAAAAUGGUGGUGGAUCUGAAACCAUCUACUUCUGAGCCAAAGCCGGGUGAAUCUUUGCUUCUACGCACGACGACAGCAUCACACCAAAUGGAUACGGCCAAAAUGGCCAAGAAAGCACGCACUCCACCGCCACCGAAAGUUGAGGAGGAGCCCUUGAAAAAGAAACCCAAAAUAGAAGUGCCUUCAACAGUUGCUCCAACGACAACAGCCACCAUUGUCGCCUCAGUAGCGAAAACAACAACAACAACGAUAAGCGCAGCUGCAACAUCUACAACUGUUCCCUCAACCGGAGCAGCAGCAGCAGCAGCUGGAACAGCAACAACGACCAGCAGCAAGAAACUUACCGAGCAUGAUAUUCAAGAGCGUUUGCUAUCCUUCCAUGCAGCCAACAUUUCGUAUUUGCAAUCUCAGAAUAAAAAGGCAAGUUCCUCCACUACUACAUCUAGCAGCAAAAGCAGCGGCGGUGGAGAAACAACGACGACAACUGCAGCAGCAGCAACAGCAGCAACAACAACAACGACAACAACAACAAAGAAAUCCAAAGAAAAGAGUGAGAAACGUGAGAGAGAGAAACAACUUAAGAAAGCAAAGAAAGAGAAAAAGAAGUCCAAGGAUAAGGAUAAACAAAAGGCAACUUCUGCUGCCACUUCUGCUGCAACUUCAGCUGCCCCUGCGGUUGUCGCCGCCGUUGCCGAAGUUGUGGUUAGUAAGAAAAGCAAGUCGUCCAAAGAGGCCAAGUUGUCAGCGGCAGUUCCAAUCCUUGUUGCACCUACGCUACCGCCUCCGUCUCAUGCCAGUACCGCCACCAAUGGCAAAACCAAACACAUUGCAACAUCAUCGUCCCAUGUCAAUGCCGUGGACCAGCAGCAGCAGCAGCAGCAGCAACAACCACACCACCCACCACAGCAGCAGCAGCAGCAGCAACAACCACACCAACAGAUGCGACGACGCACCAUGUCCAUGUGCGUUACUCCAGCCUCCAUGGCCGUCCAAACCCCACAACCACCAACAAAGAAACGGCAGACCAAUUUCGAACAGGAGCUAACCAAACCCAAUAGCCAGAUCUUAAGCAGCAGCAUUCUACUGAAUAGCAGCAAGGCUCAUCAGGGUGGCAGCUCAUUACUGUCGACACAGCCGCCGCCAACCGGGUCAACUGGCGCAAAUGUGCAGCAACAGCAGCAUCGCAAGGAGAACAAUCAUGUGACCGAACCGGCACCCAAUCAUCCGCCCGAGGGUGGCAUGAGCUUGGCAGCUGCCAUAGCCAGUGGAAAGUUGACGGCAAUUAGCCGUCGCAGGGAAUCCAUGUGCGGAGCUCGGCAGCAGGCGGCAUUAGCUGCAGCCCUUAAAAAGGAGAAGAAGGACAAGAAGGAGCGAAAGGAGAAAAAGAAGAGCAAAAAGAAGGAUCGCGAGAAGCAAAAGUUGGAAAAACAAAAGGAAAAGGAGCGUGAACGCGAAAAGGAGAAGGAGAAAGAGAAAGAAAAGGAAAAGGAAAGGGAGAAAGACAAAGGAGGAGAGGCAAUGUCAAAGCAAAAGAGCAAUCAUUUACAGAAAAUAUCAUCGCAAACAUCAGCUGGCAUAUCCUCCAAUCCAGUCCAAUCCAAUAAUCCACAUUCACACGGGCAUGGUGGGCAUCAGCCACAUGGCCAUUCACAUGGACCCGGACAUGCACAUGCACAUGCACAUGCUCAUGCUCAUGCUCACUCACAUGGUGGACAUGCAACACACUCUCAUGCCCAUGGACAUUCACAUGUUCAUGCCUCCCAUCCUCAUUCCAACACAUCCAUGCCGAUGGCGGCUUCAAGUGCUGCACCCAAAGCAACGCCCAUUCCCGUAUUGAUUACUCAACCGGUUAAUGUGGCAGCCAAACCACCAACAACUCCAUCCACACCGCCAACACCAUCAGCGGCGGCAGCAGCAGCCACAACCAAAUCUCCGCUACCCUAUUACAACACCAUAUACGGCAAGCUCCAAGAGCCAUCCGCCGUAAAGUUCAAUGCCUCAAGCAGCAGCAGCAGCAACAAUAUGCCCAGCCUGGCCGAAUAUCUGGAGGCAACCAAAUCAAAGACGGCCCUGACAGCCGCAGCAACACCCACAAUGCCUCCAGCCAUGUCUGGUGUGGCCAAAACGAUAAGCGUGACACCUGGGGCCGCUUCUCUCAACAUGCCGCCGCCAGCUACGACGCCUCUGAAGCUGUUCACCCGUACGGCCAGCCAUGAUCCACGUCUAAAUCCCAUGCUGACUGUGCCCGAACCAGCACCGAUGCCAAAACGCAAACUAUCCAUCAGCGAGUAUCGCAUGCGCCACCGACCAUCGGUGGAUGUGGCGCCACCAACAACUCCAACAACGCCAGUUACUCCGCCGAACACAAUGGCCGCCGCCAGUCCAGAUCGUUGCUUUGCCAAGCCGCAAACCAUUAACAAGUGCUCACUGCAAUCGCCAGAACGAUAUCAUGCCGCCAUGCGGGAGCGACGCAAUUCGAUCAGUGUGCAUCAUCAAAAUAAUAUCACCAACAACAAUGGCAACAGCACCAGCGGUGAUGCAGUCGGCUCGUCCAAUGUCCAGCACAAGAGCUCGACGCCCAGUGCCACACUGUCCAGUGUGAACAGCAUCCUGAAGGCUGCCCAAAAGAUGCACAUGUUUGAUGACAAGCCCAAGGGUGGACACUUUAAUGCGGCACCAACCCUACUGGAGCAACAGCAGGAGAAAAUAAGCGAAAGAUCGCGCUGCUUGCAACGCACAAUCUCAUGUGAUUCACGUAUGCUCGACAGGCUGAGCAGCAGCGGAGGUGGCAGCGGCGCAGGCGUUGGAGGUGGAUCCGGAGGCAAUAUGCCUUCUGCUGGUAGUCCCAUGGUGGAGAAGUCAAACAUAAAAGGAAUUAGGCGCGAUGGCGCAUAAAAAUCUACGCCAAAACAAUUG